AUGAAAAGGACGCGCAAUUGGCAAGGAGGAGACGGAAUCAAAACUUUUGUAGAUGAGGUAGAACAUACAGUGCGACAAGCCCGUGUCGCUGCACAUAGCCAUGUGAAAGGUCUGGGACUUGAUCCCGUCACCAGGGAAGCUCUUCCUAACGCGGGAGGACUUGUAGGGCAAACUCUUGCACGCACUGCUGCAGGUGUCUUUGUAGAUUUGGUCAAAAUGAAAAAUGUGGCUGGAAGGGCACUACUUCUUGCAGGACCACCAGGAACGGGAAAGACAGCGAUCGCACUCGCGAUUGCUCAGG